UCAGGGCUGGGCCCUACGCACUUUGCGUAGUGAGGGGGGUUACCAAGGCUUGAUGCUUGGCCUUGGGCAAGCCCGGCCUAUCCCCUGUAGGGGAUAGGUGAGGGGCGAGGCUGAGGAAGAAGAGAAGGGAAAUUUGGGCGGUUGAGGGGAUUAUAAUUUCUUUUAAAAGGGGGAGGGGAGAAGCCAUGGCUGUCCCAGCCAAGAAGAGGAAGAUGAACUUCUCUGAGCGGGAGGUGGAGAUCAUCGUGGAGGAGCUGGAGCUGAAGAAGCACCUGCUGGUGAACCAUUUCAACGCUGGGGUCCCUCUGGCCGCCAAGAGUGCGGCCUGGCACGGUAUCCUGAGAAGGGUCAACGCAGUGGCCACCUGUCGUAGGGAGCUGCCCGAGGUCAAGAAGAAGUGGUCUGACCUCAAGACUGAGGUCCGUCGCAAGGUUGCCCAGGUCCGGGCAGCCGUGGAGGGUGGCGAGGCCCCGGGGCCCACUGAGGAGGAUGGAGCUGGUGGGCCUGGGACAGGUGGUGGCAGUGGCGGUGGUGGCCCAGCUGUAGCCCCUGUACUGCUGACCCCCAUGCAACAACGCAUCUGCAACCUGCUGGGUGAGGCCACCAUCAUCAGCUUGCCCAGUACCACAGAGAUUCACCCCGUGGCCCUUGGACCCACAGCCACUGCAGCCGCCGCCACGGUCACCCUGACACAGAUCCCCACAGAGACCACCUAUCACACCUUGGAGGAGGGAGUGGUGGAGUACUGCACGACCGAGGCCCCCCCACCCCUGCCAGCCGAGGCCCCCGUGGAGAUGAUGGCCCAGCAUGCAGACACAUCCGUCAAGCCACAGGCGCUUAAGAGCCGCAUCGCCCUCAAUUCAGCCAAGCUGAUCCAGGAGCAGCGGGUAACCAAUCUGCAUGUGAAGGAGAUCGCCCAGCACUUGGAACAGCAAAACGACCUCCUGCAGAUGAUCCGCCGCUCCCAGGAAGUGCAGGCCUGUGCCCAGGAGCGCCAGGCCCAGGCCAUGGAGGGCACCCAGGCGGCCCUAAGCGUCCUCAUCCAAGUCCUCCGGCCCAUGAUCAAAGAUUUCCGCCGCUACCUACAGAGCAAUACUCCAAACCCCAUUCCAGCCUCUGACCCUGGACAGGUGGCCCAGAACGGGCAGCCGGACAGCAUCAUCCAAUGAGGACAUGGGGUGAGCCAGGAUGAAACUUCCAUGGUCUUGUAUGUGGGUUCUGUGAUUGGCCUUAGUGCUGGCCAUGUAAACAGCUCCCUCUCUGAUAGACAUUUAGGGGUCCGGUGUUUCUGAGAAAUGGAAGAACUUGUUGGGCUUCUGGGACCCAGACUCUCUUACUCCCCAACCUGUGAGCUACAUUGCUAAGAACUAGAAGAUUGGUUAGCUGGGAGCCCAGGCACUGCUGAUGGUACGUGUGUUGUCAUGUGCCAUGGCUUGUGACAUGACCCAACUCGGUCUGGGACAGCUGUAAGGAAGGCUGUUGCUGGAGAGGGUCUUACAGCCAGGAGUCUGUGCUGAGCUGCCUCAGCCUAAGUGUCAUCAUUUUGAGUAAGACAAUGUCAUUGGUGCUGGCAGUAGCGCAAUAAUAUCUUCCUCCCUUGGGAGGCAGGGUGACUAGGCCAGAGGAGGUAACCCCACGCUUUUCUUCUCGCUGUGCCUCAGUUCUCAGGGGACUCCGGUUAAUGCUAUGUUCUCUCCCAUUCCUCUGGGCACAGCAGGGGCAUUUGCUCAUGCCUGGGGGUGCGUCUGCAAUACAUCCAGGAUGUCAGCAGCUCUAGCUCAAAAAUGACUGAGCCACCAGUCAGCCAGGCUCAGCAAUGCUGGGCAUGGUGGGGACUGGCGUGGCUGCCAUCUGGUCUUCCACAGAGUCCCCUGGACAGCCCUGUUGUGCUUUGCCCCAACACCUUUUUGACUCGGGUCAAGCAUCAGGCUUUGGGGUGCUGUAAAUUGUAGAGAAAUGAAGAGCAAACCCUUGCAGAAAUGUGUUGCUCUGCUGCAGUGGCUCUGAGAUGACCUGUUGGCUUUUUCCGGAAGGCUUGCUUCAAGCCAGUUGUAUUUAUUCUGUAUGUGAACCCCUCCUGGGAAGGCCUCCAGGAAAUGCAUGCAGCUCUGUGGCCAUGCCCUUUUUCCUUCCCUCUCUGCUGACUCCACAUUUUCAAAAUUCAGUGCAAAAAAAAAAAAAAAAAGCCUGCUGAA